AUGGCUGUAGGAAUUCCGAGCACAUCGACGGCGACGAUGCGGUUGGAAGCAAGCAAGCCCUCUGCGCCUGCGCUGAUGUUCGAUCCAACCACCGGCUACCUUCCCACCCUGGGAGCAGACGUCACAGACGAAAGCGAGACAGCCUCGUCCUCGUCGUCCUCGGGCGAGCACCCAGCCUGUGCUGUCACAAGCACGCAGCUGCGCGCCUUGCUCGCCUCGUCCAUGUCAGCCAUGUACCGCACCGAAGUGCCGCUCUACGGCGACCUGCUCUCGAUCAUCUCGACGGUCAACUCUGAUGUUAUCCGUCGUCUUCCCUCCGAGACCACGCUGAGCGACGACGAGAUCUCGCGUCUCAACGUCGAGCGGCAUGGGGCGAUCCGCGUGGGCACCGCCGCCGAGCUGGCGCUGCUUGCACGCAUCUUCCGCGUGUUCGGCAUGCAUGCAGUCGGGUACUACGAUCUGCACACCGACGCCGGGCUGCCGAUCCACGCUACUGCAUUCCGUCCCGUGGGCGCCGAGAACCUGAUCAAGAAUCCGUUCCGAAUCUUCUGCAGCCUGCUCCGUAUGGACCUGGUCCGGGAUGCGUCGACGCGGGCGCUGGCGGAGGAGCUAUUGGCAAAGAGGCAGAUCGUCUCGGAUCGCUGUGUCGAGCUCCUCGUCAAAGUCGAGUCGGCUCAGGGCAUGGAUGGCCUGACACGCGCGGAAGCACUCGAGUUCGUCGAGCGAGUUGUAGACAUCUUCGCCUGGCACAAGGACACGCCUGUCUCGCUGGCGCAGUAUCAACUGCUCGCGAAAUCGCACCCGCUCGUCGCGGACAUCGUCAGUUUCCGCGGGCCGCACAUCAACCAUCUCACGCCCAGGACGCUCGACAUCGAUCAGGUGCAGUCGGCCAUGAUCGAGCACGGGAUUGAUGCCAAGGAGAUCAUCGAAGGCCCACCUGCUCGAAAGAUGGACGUGUAUCUAAGGCAGACGAGCUUCCACGCGUUGUCGGAGAGUGUCGAGUUUCGGGGUGAAGGAGGUGUAGUGGAGGGAAAGCACAAGGCGAGGUUUGGCGAGAUCGAGGCGAGGGGUCAGGCGUUGACCAGAAAGGGAGCGAGGUUGUAUGACAAGAUGAUGGCAGAGGUGGCGAGGAGGAAGAGGGAGAGAGAGGGAGAGAGGACGGAGAGGGUGGGUCAGGAAGAGUGUGUAAGGAUCUUGCAGGAGGUGUUCGAGGCCGGGUUCCCCGAUACUAAGGAUGCGAUCUUGCGCGAAGGGCUUGGGUACUUCAUGUUCAGUGUCAAGGAUGCUGACUCUGCCAAGGACAUGAUGCGCGGACGCAAGGUAGAGGAAGGAUGCGAGCUGCUGGCCGAUCUGGUGGACGCAGGUGCGCUGGAGGCAGAACCGAUCACGUACGAAGACUUCCUGCCCGCUUCGGCCGCAGGGAUCUUCCAGAGUAACCUUCCUUCCACUAGCGAUCCAUCUCGGGAUAGCACGGCCGAGUCAGCGCCGCCGAAGAUGGACCCGGUCGAGGCUCGAAGGACCCUGGAAGCAGCGGUGGGCGGCACCAUCUUGGACUACUUCACGCUCUACUCUGAGCAGCAGAGCCAGAGUCUGGUCGAAGUGGGUGCCGUUAUCGGCAUCAGUGUGGAUGCACUUAUCGAGAUGACAACGCGACAAGGGGCGUGA